UUUGUCUGAUCUAAAAAUAAGCAUAUGUCUUGAUAUUCAAUAUUAUAAUUUUUACUAUGAUCUUUAAAGAGAAAAUUCUGAACAAUUCUAAACCUCUCCUGCUAAAUCUUUGUUUCAAAAUCUGCACAUUGCUAUGUAGGACAAUUCUUCGAUUUUUUCAAAGAAUUAUUAAAUAAUUUUGUCUCUCACCGAUAUAUUCAUCCCAAUUAUAGAUAAUAAUUUCCAGAAUCGAAGAAUACAUUUCCAGUAUUGUGAAAAUCUUACAAAGCAUUAACUUCUCAUUGGAUGAGUUCCCAGGCAACAAACUUCUUGAAGCUGAGUACUACAGUAAGCGGCUUAUCCAGAUCCGGAAAUAAUUGGCUGGUCCUCAUGGAUGUGCUUAGAUACGUCAUCACAUCUGUGAUGGUCUCUGUGACCAUCUUCCAGCAGGAUAAGUUCAUCCAGAGAGCUAUUAUACUAGUCGUCGAUCUAGUGAUGUUCCACUUGCUCGAGAAAGGCAUCAAAAAGUACAACUGGCUGGCCAACAAUUGAGGACUCAUCAUAUCAACCAUGCUGUACAUCCAAAUGACGGAAAUAAAUUGCAAGUUCCCAAUAUUUAGGAUUAAUGAAGGAUAUUUGUUCCAGAUUACUGCAUCCUUAGUUUUUAGCACCUGAGUGACGACAAACUGGAAGGUAGGCUGACUCAACCAGGUCCUUCUUCAUAUCUUCGGACUGGUAAGACUCAAGACCACCUUUGGCAUUCUGAGUGAUUAUUAUUAUGCAGGAUCAUUUGUAUCAUUAGUAAUUUACAUAUUUGGGUCAUACUGCUACUCGAACACUCUCAAAGAACUGUUUAUUGCUAGCUGUAAGCAGCAUAAAACUUUAAAUGGACAGAAAGCUAUUCUGAAUGGUCUUCCAGAAGGAGUGCUCAUUGUCAGUCAGGACAGUAGAGAGUGUAAGUUUGCAAAUCCCAAGGUAAAAGAAACACUCGAUAUCCAUUCUUUUUAUAAGUCUAAUUUGAACAAAGACUUGCUCAAUGAGGUUCAGGCCAAUAUUGAAAGAGAGCUUGAUGCAAUCAUUGAAAAGUCUUCAUUUGCAGAUUCCAACUCUCACCGAAAAGCAAACAGACGUCAACACAAAGGCUUUACUGAUUUGCUCGAAGACUUCAGUGUAAAGUACAAGGGCAUCCAGUUCAAUCCUGAUGAGUUGAGUCAACUUGGAGAUCAAGACAGAAGUGACCAAUCGCAGAUGUCAAAGUUCGGAGACUACAGACAUGGCCACUUGACUCUUGCUCAGUUCCUUGACAGAGAGCGAGAGUCUAUUGCUCAUGAAGGCAGUUACAGCAAAGAAUCAAAGAUUAAUAUAAAAUACAUAGCUGAUCAUUUGAAUCAAGACUUGGAGCCUCAACAGCGUGAAUUUGUGGUUAAAACAACUAUUAUUGAUGAAAAUGCAAUCUCUGAUGAGGAUGUGUUGUUCAUGCACAUGUUCGUUGAGACAACACAAAUCAGCCAGCUUGAAGAAGCCAAGGCUCAAAACCAUUAUCAACGCCAGAUGCUCUCCAACGUGUCUCAUGAAUUCAGGACGCCUCUGAACUCAAUCACAGCUUCUCUGGAGUUGAUGCGAAUGCAGGAUUUGGGACACAGCAAUCGACUUGUUCGGAUUGCUUCAUCUUCGUGCAGCAUUCUGGGAAUGCUAGUUGAAGACAUCCUAGACCAUGCCAAGCUAGAGUCAGGAGUGUUCCAGAUCAACGAAGAAGUGUUCACUAUCACCCAGUGCUUGAACGAAAUACAGGAAGUGUUCACACUACAAGCUGAUGGCAAAGGAUUAGAGUUAAGAAUAGACAUUCAGGACAAGCUAAAAGAGCUGCCAAUAAUGUCAGACAAAGGCAGACUCAAGCAAGUGAUUAUGAACUUGGUGUCUAAUGCACUCAAGUUUACAGACAGAGGGUCGAUUACAAUAGAAAUUUGUGAAAGAUUGAACCAACAAGAGCUCCAAAACUAUGAGGAGUCCAAAUCUGCUGAGCAAAAUAGUUUUAAAGACCAUUUCAUACAGAAUAGUGGAUGAGACAUUGCAGAGCUUCCUUACGAAGAUUUAGCCGAUAUUCAGAGCAGACAUGACUGCACUGAAUACUUCUUUCACACCAACAGAUCCGUAUUAAGAAAAGAUGACGAGCCUGACAACGAAUUUACACAGACAAUGGAUAUUACAUUAAAAGUAAUUGACACAGGUAUUGGCAUCUCCAAAGCCGACCAGAAGUCUCUAUUCAAACUCUUCGGCAAACUCAGCUCGAACCACAACAGAAACAAGACUGGGUGCGGACUCGGUCUUACAAUCUGCAAGAAGAUCAUCGAAAAGUUGGGUGGAAACAUCCACUUAUCCUCUAUCGAAAAUUUCGGUACCACAGUUGAAUGUCAUUUCCUAUGAAAGUACUAGCCUGCUUGCUAACAUUCUACUCUAAUAUCCAGUUUUAUCU